AUAACUUCCUGUUGUGUUUCACGUGUAUUGCAGCAUGUUUAAUUUUUAUUAUGAAAUUAAUUUAUAGUCUUUACACUACGGUACUUGAGUUAGUUUGAUGAAUUAAAUGUUGUUCAAACAUUGUGCACCUGUGUUUUCUGCCAACUGGUUAGGCAGAAACCGUUUCGCAUUAAUUGAGGGCUUGAAAUUCAAAACUACCAGGUCCACCAUGCCUAAAAAUAAAACAAAUUGUGCGAAGCUGAAACACAUCAAGUACAAGGAAGGGAGAGGGGGACAGUUUCCAACACCAUCUGUGAUCGAUGUGCAGGUGAUUGGAAGUGGAGGCAGAGGGACUCCCCAGUCUGUUGUCAUUGGAACAGAUCACUCGAAUUAUCUGUUCAAUAGUGGUGAGGGAGUUCAGAGAAUAAGUUCCGAGCACAAAGUACGGUUAUCAAAAGUCGAAAACAUUUUCUUCACACAUAAAAGUUGGAAAAAUAUUGGUGGAUUGCUGGGUUUAGUACUCACAUUAGAAGGAACCAAUGUUCCAAAGGUCACAAUACACGGACCUACUGGUGUGGAAGACAUUCUGAAAAUGGUAACUGCAUUUGCUGAUUCAAAAACAAGUAUACAGAUCGAUAAGAAGAAUGCAGAUAGUCUGUAUUUUGAAGACUCAGCUUUUAGAAUAGACUACGUUGAACUGCACAAACACUCAGGUUCUGAUGAAGACCGGGUGAACUCCGACACGUGUUUGUCUGACCAGACUGAAUCAGAUGAACCAGACAAAAAGAAACAAAAGCUGGAUCUGGAGGAUGUAUCUAUCGCUUACGUCUGCAAGGCCCAUCCAUCUGCUAGGAAAAUAGACUUUGAAAAAUGUGUCGAACUAGGCAUUGAAAAACCUGGGCCUGUAAUUGGAAAGUUAAAAGCUGGUGAGAUUGUUACACUGGAAAAUGGCACAGUGAUUCAUCCUGAACAAGUACUGAGCCCAGCUGGAAAACCUGUUAACAUAAUUGUUAUCGAUUGUCCGUCUGAUUCAUUUCUGUGUGCAGUGGAGUCCUCCGGGCAGUUGAACCAGUUUGAUGAGACAAACCCAGCAUUGUUAGUCGUUCACAUGACACCAAACCACAUCAUGACCGGACCGAGAUAUCAGAAGUGGAUGAAGAGCUUUGGCAAGAGUACAGAGCACCUCGUCCUGAACGAAACCACAUCCGAGGUCUGCCAUCUUGGUCUGUACUCGAUGCAGGCCCAGCUCAACCUGCUGCACCCCCAGAUCUACCCGCUGCUGCCACACUUCACCAUGGAAGACCCACCCCAGGACAGAGACGUGUUGGCAGUAAAAGCAUGCACCAACCUCAAGUACCAGCUUCGACCUCACAAGGGUUUCAGUUGGGAUCAGUGCUUGAAGCUAGAUCGAGCUGCGUAUGUACAGGAGGCGACGAACCUGGAAGGAUUUUCUGAUCUCCUGGCAGACCUGAAGGAGAAACUCGACUCUGAACCAACCAAAACAUCGGCCGUCUAUCCGGAAGUCGUGUUUCUAGGCACGGGGUCCUCCAUCCCGAGUAAACGCAGGAACGUCAGUGGGAUACUGCUUCAUCUCAGUCAUGACUCGUGUAUGUUUCUUGACUGUGGAGAAGGAACCGCUGCCCAGCUGUACCAUUACUAUGGCAACCAGACUGACAGUAUUCUGCAGAAGGUCAAGGCUGUUUUUGUGUCCCAUCUCCAUGCUGAUCACCACAUGGGACUGUUCAGUCUGGUAGCGGAGAGAAAGAGAGCGUUGCAGGCUGCCGGUCUCCCAUUCACUCCACUGCACCUCCUGGCUCCCGUUCAGAUAUCAAAGUGGCUGAAAUUCUACGGCUCUCAAGUUCAGUCACUCAGAGAUGAACUCAAUUUGAUACCACUACACCACUUCAGUCAGCGUCCAAUAGACAGUGAGCAACGAGAACGCUAUGAGUUCAUUUUGGAUCACCUCGGACUGUCUAAUUUUCUGCCUGUUACUGUGUAUCACUGUCGCAAUGCCUUUGGUGUCUCCAUCAUACACAAAGAUGGCUGGAAGCUAGUCUACUCGGGAGACACAAUGCCCUGUGACAAACUUGUCCGAGCAGGUCAGGACUGUGAUUUGUUAAUUCAUGAAGCCACUAUGGAAGAUGAUUUAGAAGAGGAGGCCAGAUUAAAAACACACAGCACAACUUCACAAGCCAUUAACAUUGGAGUUAAGAUGAGAGCCAAGUUCGUCAUGUUGAACCACUUCAGUCAGCGAUACGCCAAGAUUCCCGUCAUUAACGACAGUCUCACAGGAAAAGUGGGGAUCGCCUUUGAUAACAUGAGGGUACGGAUGUGUGAUCUGCACCUGUUGCCGAUGUUCAACCCAGUCCUCAAGGCUCUCUUUGCCGAAGAACACGCAGCGCUCGAGUACAAAAUGAAUCGCAGAACUAUGAAAAAAGACUUGUUAAGACAACAGCAAGUUAGAUAAUUCUAGGAAUAUGUGUAUACUGACACUCACAGAACUAUGAAGGACUUGUUAUGAAGAUGGCAAGUUAGAUGAUUCUAGGAAUAUGUGUAUACUGACAACACUCACAGAACUAUGAAAAAAGACUUGUUAAGACAACAGCAAGUUAGAUGAUUCCAGGAACAUGUGUAUACUGACAACACUCACAGAACUAUGAAGGACUUGUUAAGACAACAGCAAGUUAGAUGAUUCUAGGAACAUGUGUAUACUGACAACAUUCACAGAACUAUGAAGGACUUUUUAUGAAAAAAAAUUCAUAGGAUCACAAUAUUCAUAGAACCAUGAAGGACUUGUUGUGAAAACAGCAACUGGCCUCGGUGGCGGAGUGGUUAAGCCAUCGGACUAUAGGCUGGUAGGUACAGGGUUCGCAGCCCAGUAGCAGCUCCAACCCAGAGCGAGUUCUUAAGGGCUCAAUGGGUAGGUGUAAGGCCAC